CCAAUCAUAACAUUCAUAUCAACGGUAUUGAUAUCGCGCGACUUCUCAGAAUUCAUUGUCUUGACCAAGGAAAGACUCGAUUCUCGUUGUUUAGCCAUUACAGAAGAUGAGCAAGUUGUUUUCUGUCGAGUUUAAGAUGAUGCUGUUCGUACUUCAUUGUGCUGUAAUCGCAGUGUUUUUCUUUCCCAAAGUCAAAGCUCCGAGUUCCGCGGCUGAGCAGUGUGUCCAAGCCAUUGGGAACAGUACUUUACAAGUUUGUUUAAAAGGCAAUUGCACGUUUSAAUGCGGCAGCAACGCCACUAAAAAUGAUGUCUGUGACCAGCUUUGCACCAAUCUACCCAACGUCAUGAAGCCAUGUCCGUUGCUCAAAUGYAGCAAUCCAAAGGAAUGCAGUCAACGAUGCAUGUCUGGGCACUGUAAAAUGCUCGAUUGCACAAGUGAUGUUUCGUGUGUGCAAUCUUGCUCMAGCAAUUGCAGCUCAAUAGAGUGCAACUCUAAAUCGUGCAACCAGCAUUGUGAAAAGGGUAACUGUGCUAGUCUCUCUGCAAUGGGUGUAAAUGCUGAUCAAACUUGCUCUGUACACCGCUGCAAUGAUAUGCAUUGCAUGUCUAGUGGCUCAUGCAACCAAGAAUGCCAGAGCGGAGGSUGCCAGCUACGAUGUACUAAUGAAGGUACAUCRGAAUGCUCACAGAGCUGCACAAAAGGAGGAUGUUCAUUGCUUUGCAAAGCAAAGAAUUGCGAGAGUACGUGCUCACAUGGACAAUGUCCUUCUAUGUCGUGCGAUAGUGGCAGCAACUGUACUCAAAUAUGCGCUAAGGGAUGCAAAAAYAUUGCCUGCUCAUCAGAAAUGUGUGAACAAUCRUGCAAUGGAAAUGAUUGCAAUUUAGAGUGCAAGCCAGCGUCGAAAAACUGCAAGCAGAGCUGCAUUGGAAGCUGUAAUGCCACAUGCAGUUCAACGAGCUGCGACAGGCAAACUUGCACCGGCAAAGACUGCAACCUCAAAUGUWCAAAUCCCAAUUCAGUCUCCUGCGAACAGCAAUGCUCAAAAGCUGAAGGAAAGUGUAGCAUGGAYUGCAAAGCUAAGGACUGUAAGAGCAAUUGCGUGGAUGGAAACUGUCCAAUGAUGAGCUGCGGUCCAGGUACAAAUUGCACACAGAGCUGCCCUGGAGGCAAGUGUGCCAAGAUGACUUGUAGUGCAAAGAACUGUGACKUGAAGUGCGAUGGAGGAGGCUGCCAAGAGAUGACAUGUGCAGCCGGUGUUGAGACGUGCACCAUGAGCUGCAAAGAA